CGGGAGCUGGCGUUCUUCUUCUCUUUGCCUUAUUCCUACGCUCCGUCCCAUCUCUGCCUCUUCGCCGGAUCGAGUCAUCGACGCACGUCGAUCUCUCCUCUGGCGCAGCACGCCGUCGAAGAGGAGAAGGCGGAAUGAGCGCCCCAAGACGCGCCUCUCGCCAGUCCCUCACGAUUCGCAGCCCGCCCUCUCCCACUCGCCAACCUCUCCCCCCCCCCCCCCGCAUUCUCAGUCCCACGUUUCCCGGCAUACCAAAUCGGUCGCAGAGCGGCUCCAUCUUCUCUUGCUUCCCUCUUCUCUUUCGAUCCGCUCCUCCGUCCCCCUCCUCUCGCCUUCCCACCCGGCAUCGCCGUAGCACACGUUCAUUUCUUACUCCCCCUCUCCCGGCUCCGGAGCGCAAAGCAUUGCGUCUUCUCAGUCAGUGGCGCAUCGUUCGCUCGACAUCACCAACCCCACCCCCCUCUCCUCGUCCUCAGCCUCGUCGGUCCUCACACACACCUCCGCGCGCAAUCCGCUAGUGCUCUUCCGGCUGACUGCGUGAUCCGCUCCCGCCGUGCUGCAAGCUCGAUGAAAGGGGCUUGCUCAUUGUCGCCGCGUCCUGCUGAGCGCGCCGGACUGAAGCGACAUGGUCUGGCACGGGACGGGAAGGGAUGAGGUUGGUGGUGUGCGCAUUAUCAUCCCCGCUGGGGGGAUGUGCUGACAACGCUUGUAAUGCGCUGUUACAUGUGUGUGGUGUGUGGUGGCGGGGGGCAGAGGC